GUUUGGGUGGGAAGUGAGUGUUAGUGAGCGUCUAUGUAAAGCAUUUCAAUGAAAAGAAUUUCGAAUUGAAAUGAAUUUAAAAUCCUAUGAAAUAUAACAACAAAACAAUCAGACGUUUCAUUGCAACCAAAGGAGACACCAAUACAUCAUUUCAUUGAUAUUUAUUUCAUUCAUUCAUUCAAAGCAUUUGAUCCAUAAAUCCAACUCUUGUGCGAACUGUCACCGCAAUUGCAAAUUGAGGUCCAAUUGGUGCCAUCGAUGACUCAAUUGCCGGAUCCGUUUGGAGUGCAGCCAUCGGGUGAGUCGUGUCUAUCACUCGUCAAAGAGGACGAUAUGAACCAAAACGAGGCGCCGAUGGGGGACGACAUGAACGACGCGAAUCUCAAUGCAGACAAUGCGGCAAAUUUCGAAUGGGAGUAUUCGAUGAGACGACAGAUGCAAGAGAUAGUGCCUCGUCUGUGGUUAGGGCCGUACGCCUCGGCCCUCAAGACUAAGGAGGACGAGUUGUGUCGAGUGGGCGUCACUCACAUCAUAUGCGUCCGCCAGCAGAUAGAGGCGCAUUGGAUUCGACCCAACUUUCCCCUGAAGUACCACUACUUGACGCUCGACAUCGCGGACACUCCCACACAAAACAUCAUUCAGUACUUCCCAUCCGUAUGUCAGCCCACUGUCCCACUCAUGCACUCAUGUCUUAUAUGUCUGUCAAUUGAUCCAAAGGUGACUAAAUUCAUAGACGACUGUUUCGAGCGGAACGGAGCCGUCUUAGUGCACGGAAACGCCGGCAUCUCCAGGAGUGCUGCGCUCGUCAUCGCCUACAUUAUGGAGAAACAAAAUUUGUCUGCUUCCCAAGCGAUUCGAGUCGUGCAGAACAAGCGGUUCUGUAUUUUCCCGAACGAAGGCUUUCGACAACAGCUUCAAGAAUACGAACCCAUUCUUAAAGCCAGAGGAAUACCCCUCUCUUCUGAAGGCGGUCUUAAAAGACCAUUCAGUGAGGAGGACUCCGAGAAUAUGGAUACAAACCAAUUCAAUUCAAUGGAUUCUUGAGUUCAUUUGCCAUUCAAUUGUGAAUUCCAUUUAAAAAUUUGUAUUAUUUGUAAAAAUUGGUCAAAAAUCGAGAAAUUAUUAUUUUGAAAAAUGAACAAAUAUUCUCACAAUUUGUCAAAUAAAAUGGUUUACGAACUGUUCGUAAUUUAAUUCAUCACCAAAUACUAAGUCUUAUAAUAAUAAUAAUUAAAAUGAAUUCAAUAAUUAAAUCGACAUUUUGUACGAAAAAUUGCUUAAGUUAUGAGAAAAAGUGGAAUAAAAUCGUAAAAAUAUGAAAAA